UUACUUUAAACGGUUCAGUUUUUAGUCGCUUAAAAUUUUCAAGUGUUUUAGAAAAAAUGUUUAGUUAUUUAAUAGUUUUGAAUGUUGUUGGGUGUUUAUGGAGCGCCGAAGGAUAUUCGAUGCAUAGAAAUUUAUUCAGUGAAGAAGUUAUUGAGAACGUGUGCAAUCAAGGUGGGCAAUAUCAUGCUGAUCCUUAUGAUUGCCAAUAUUUUAUACAAUGCAGUAAUGGCAUACCUUAUAGACAGAAGUGUGCCAUUCCUUUGUAUUGGAAUCAAAAGCGAUUGACCUGUCAGUGGUCGGGACUUCAUUGUAGUGAACAGAUAGGAACAACGACAAAAGGAACAACAACUACAGAGGUUACCACCACUACAGUUUCGGAUACUACAUCCUCCAAAGACACUUCGACAGAACCUCCAUGUCCUACAGAUGAAACAACUACAGAGGAGCCAGAAACUACCACAGAGUCUUCGUCAACAACAUUCCCAACUCCAUGCCCCACAGAAAUUACAACUACUAAGGAGCCAGAAACUACCACAGAGUCUCCUUCAACAACAUCCGCGCCUCCAUGUCCAACAGAAGUUACAACUACUGUAGAACCUGAAACAACCAGUGUAACAACAACAAAGUCUCCAUCAACAACUUCGCCACUUCCAUGUCCAACAGAAGCAACAACUACUGAAAACCUACCAACAGAAAUGCCCACAAGCUCAGAAGCUUCUACUUCAACAGAUGCUACAGCAUCCGAAGGGCCUUCAACAUCUGUCUCCUCUGAAAUACCUAUUGAAACCACAAAAGUAACUAGCUCAGAAGAAUCAUCAACAGCAGAAGCGGCUUCCUCAACUGAAGCCACAACUUCUAAAGAUUCUUCAACCGAAAUUUCUACAUCCUCAGAGGCUCCGUCUGAAACGAGCAGUGCAACUGGUACUUCAACACCCUCUACUGAGGAAAGUUCGAAAAAUACAGAAGAAGUAUCCACAACCUCAGCAUCAACAGAUACCACUACUUCUCAAGGAACCUCUAGCGAUAUUUCAAGCACCUCAGAGGAACCAAUUUCAACUUCCUCUGAGGUUCCCAAUGAAACAACUUCUAAAAAUCCCGAAGAAAUGUCUACAACUUCAAAAGACAGCUCUUCAACAGAAAGAACAACAUCUAAGGAUAGUUCCACCGAAAUUUCGAGCACAAGCACCGAAGAUUCAACAUCUUCGGAAACUAUAGUCUCAACAGUUUCGACCACUUCCAUUGAAUCUUCAACUGAGUCUUCAGGAUCAUCAACGUUCACUACCGAGGAAACCUCUAAAAAUCCCUCUGACACUAGUACACAAUCGACAUCGGCAUCUACAGCUGUCGACUGUGAAGAAGGUGAUGUUGAUAGCUCAUCGAAUUGUGAAUACUAUAUACAGUGUAUCAAUGGUCAACAGGUUAUUAUCAAAUGUCCCGAUGGUACUUAUUGGAACCAAGAAAUUGUAGCCUGUACCAUAGAUAACAGUCAUUGUCAUUAUACAACAGCAGGAAGUGUCGCAACAACUUUGGAAGGAUCCACAGAAGAUGAAACUGCCACCACCAACGAUGACAAUCAAAGUGGCUCAACUACAAUGUCAACAACAACGGGCAGUAGUUCUUCUUUAGAGACAACAACUUCUCUAGGAUCUACUGCAAGCGAUACCACUGAAAAUGGUUCUUCUUCAGAGACAACUACUUCUCGCACAUCUACAGAAAUAACUACCGAUAGAACAACUUCUAAUAGUGGUUCUACUAACGAGUCAACAACAUCGAAUGAAUCAACGGAAAGUGAAACAACUUCAAAUGAAUCCACAGUAAAUGGUUCGUCUACAGAAGCAACAACAUCUGGGGGAUCGACGGAAAGCGAAACCACUACAUAUGAAUCCACUAUUAGUGAGUCAUCAUCGGAAUCGGAUACUUCUUCGGAGACAACAACUUCUCAAGGAUCAUCGGAAAGUGAUGCAACUACCGAAAGUACUUCCCAAGGAUCCUCAGAAACAACUACUAAUGCUUCAACUUCGGAAAGUGAUUCCACUUCAAAUAAGGCAACUACCGAGCAUGGUUCAACAGCAGAUAAUACCACUCCUAAUGAAGCUUCCGCAUCUACUUCAAACUCCUCUCCUUCACAAACCUCAACUACUAAAGAAGCUACUGCAACGACCUUUAUUAAAACUUCUUCCGUAAUUGCAUCAACUUCUCUAAGACCCAAUGUUUGCUUAAGCAACAGCAAGGAGUAUCAUGCAGAUCCUAGUGAUUGUAGCCGUUUCAUAGAAUGUGUUGAUGGUUUGCCCAAUGUUCUUAAAUGUCCUGAUUUACAUUAUUGGGACGCCCAGUCGGGCUCAUGCGUUAAGGGUGAUUGUCCUACAGGCACAACUUUGAAAAUCACAUUAAUGAACUUCAAAAUGCUGCAGUACGUAGUUAAUAUAACAACAAUUUUAAUUGAUUUAAAUAAUUCUUUGCUUAUAGCUGUUGUAGCGGUCUUCUUAAUAACUUCGUGUUGCUGCUAUGGCUCUCAGCAAUACUACGAUCAGCUGUGCGAGAAAAGUUUCAGCGAUUUUUUGCCUUAUCCUUUGGACUGUCGGAAGUUUAUUAGAUGUAGCUAUGGAAAAUCUUAUGUGUUUCAUUGUCCUGCAAAAUUGUUGUGGCAUCAAGAGAUUGAAUCAUGUGAUUAUUCUUAUCGCACGAAGUGUAAAGUUAAGGAAAUUGAAAGUGAAGAUCGUAAGUCUACAGUGGAGCAUUUACAGACAACUGUUAAACAUUUGACGGCAGAUAAAUUAAAACUAAAUCCUAAGUUUUAUUAUGUUGAAAGCACAAUUGAUAACUAUAACAGAACAGCUGUAAAUGUAACAGGUUUUGCCAAAAACCCUAGUGAAAUUAAUGAAAAUCUCAACAGUUUUAUAAAUUUAAAGGAAAAUAUCUUGAAUAAAAGAUCAACCAAAGGAAUUAAAUGUAACAAAAUCACUAAUGGAGCCACAAUCACAAAGAGAACAGAUGCUGCUACAGUAACAGCGACCACGUUAACAGAAAUUACAGAAAAUAUUAACAGUUCUGAUGUUACUCUUCUAAACUUAAUAGAAAUUAAAGAUGUUAAGAUAACAGAAAUACAGCAAACAACUGAAUAUUCCACUGUAAAUAACAGUACAAUGUUAAAAAAGCUACGAAAACCUAAAAAAUGUACCUGUAUAAAAAAGCGACAGUUAAAAUUUUUAACAGAAGAUUCAGCUGGAAUAACAGAGAGUUCUGUUAAAACUGUUUACAUUACAGAGAGAUUACCUGAAAAAACAACAGAGAGAGAAAAUGAAAAUCUUAUUAAAACUAUAGAGAAUCCAUUAAAAUCAACAACGAAAAGUUCCGUUAACAUUUCUAAAUCCACAGAGAGAGUUAAAGAGAACCUGGACAGUUCAUUUGAGGAAAUGGCUUUAACAGACUUGGAGAGAAAAAACACAACAUUACCAACAUUCUACAGGACAACAGUUCCCGCUCUGCUAGAGAAUAACAUAGAAAAUACCGAUAACAUUGUUUCUGCUGGUAACAUUUCAUUAACAGAAUUCAAAUUAACAAAUUCUAAAGAAAAUUCAAUUUCUGUUAAAUUAACUGUUAAACCAAAUGGUAACAUAACAGAAAAUACUGAAAAUCCUGCUAAUACUAUCAAUUUAAUCAAUGAUUUUAAAGAAGAUGAAAAUAUUGAUCUUCUGACUGAUUUCUAUUUAAAGGAUAACUCUUCUGUGACAGACAACAUUCCUGUUAAUGUAACUGUUAAACCAAAUGUUAACUUAACAGUAAAUACUGAAAAUCCUGCUAAUAUUUAUAAUGCAACAGCAUACUCCCAUCACGUAAAUAACAGUAACACUUUGACAGUGUAUUAUUUAACAGAUAACUCUCUUGUUAACAUAACUGUUAAACCAAAUGUUAACUUAACAUUUAAAACAGAAAAUCCUGCUAAUUCUUUCAAAUCAACACAAAAUCCCCUUAAUAUUGAUAACAGUGAAAUGUUACAUGAUUUUUAUUUAACAGAUACAAUUCCUGUUAUACUGACAGUUACACCAAAUGUUAACUUAACAUUUAAUGUAGAAAAUUCUUCAACGACUUUAAAUCUAAGAGAAAAUGUUAAAGAAACUUAUAAUAUUCAAGAUGUAACUAAUUUGAAUUUAACAGACACAAUUCCUGUUACAGUGACUGAGAAAUCUGAUGUUAUCUUAAUAGUAAGUGAAGAAAAUGCUGUUAAACAAAAUGUUAACUUAACAGUUAAUAGCGAAAAUCCUGUCAAUACUUUCAAUUCAACAAAACAUCUGAUCAACAUAAAUAACAGUGAGAUUUUGACGGAUUUUUAUUUAACAGGCAACUCUUAUGUUAACAUAACUGUUAAACCAAAUGUUAAUUUAACAGUAAAUGCAAACAAUCCCGCUAAUUCUUUAAAUUUAACACAAAAUCUUCUAAAUAUUAAUAAUAGUGACAUUUUUACAGUUUCUUAUUUAACAGACAACUUUACUGUUAAUACAGCUGUUACAUCAAAUGUUAAUUUAACAGUUAAUUUUAAAAAUCCUGUUAAUAAUUUUAAUUCAACUACAAAUUCUUUUUCAAUCAAUAACAAUACUAUUUCAAUUGAUUCUUACACAACAGACAUCUUUAAUGUUGAAUUAACAGUUACACCGAAUGUUAACUUAACAGUAAAUACAACAAAUUCCGCCAAUAUUUUGAAUUCAACUACUGUUAACCGUAUGAUAACAGAAUCAGCUAAAAACCAUUCUUACUUUUUCAAUUUAACAGACAAUUCUACUGACGUUACAGAGAACGCUGUUAACUUAACAGAGAAUGUAAAGCAACAUAACGACAGUAAAGUUAAUUCUUUUGAUUAUUAUCUUACAAAGACGACUUUAAUGUAUUUAUCUGAAAAACCAAUAACAAAAAUUUCUACAGAUUAUACUACCGGAAAUAAUGACUCUGUUAACUUAACAGUUAUAACUGUUAAUACAACAGAGAAAAACUAUCCAGCAGAUUCAAUAACAACCUACCUUAACAUUUCAUCAACUAAAAAUCCAAUAAAUUUUUUAGAUUUAACAGAAAAUUCAACAGAACCGCUUAACAUUAGUAUGAUAAGAGAGUUUACUGUUAAUUUAACAGAAGAGAUAACAUUACCUACAAAUCUGGCUUACAAUUUAACAGAAAUUUCUUUACACAAUGUUACAAAUGAAAAUUUAACACAAUUUCCUUUAGUUGAAAGUUGGAAUAGUCAUUUUUAUCCCUCGGAAGGUUCCACAGAAUUCGAAAUUGCAAAUAAUACUUUAACAGAUCUAACUGUUAAUAUAACAGAGCUAAUUGAAACUGUAAACUCAACUAAAGAGGUUAUGUUAACAGAGUCGUCAAAAAAUCUUUAUAAUAAACUUUAUUUAAACGAAAGUUCUACAGACUAUCUUAACAUUAAUACGGAAACAGACAUUAAUGUUAACUUAACAGCUAAAGAGAGUGAUACUACUGUUAAUUUUCUUAAUUUAACAGAAAAUUAUGAAAAUACUUUAAAUUCAUUUGUGAUGGAAAGUAAUCCAGUCACUAAAGAUAAUACAGUUAUAACAGCAAAUGUUAAGGAAAAUUAUGUUAAUGUUGAUAAUGUUACAGCAUCUAUGAUAACAGAGCUAACAAAAGCAGAAAAUGUUAAUAACAUUUUGAGUGAAUUUUACGCGCCAACUACAGAAGAAACCACUGGUAAAUUGAAAACAGAUUUCAUAGAAUAUAAUUCGACAGAAAAUUCAAAUGUUACUAACAUAAAGUUAACAGCAAAUUUAACAGAAUCUUCAGAUAGCGACAAUAGUUUGGUAACACAAAACAAACCAAAUUUAUCAUCUUCGACAAUAGAAAUUGUAACUUUGACAACACCCACUACGUCUCACGACUAUCAAUUAGUUGAUGUCACAACUAUAGAUCCUCGUUUGCCGUUUCGAUCGAUCGAGUGUGUGGGUCCCACUAAUCGACGAAAAUUUAAGGCCAGCGAAUGUUAUCAAUAUUAUCAAUGUUUUGCCGGUUGGGCUUUUCUACUCAAUUGCCAUGAGGGCUGGCGUUUUGAGGCGACAGAGGGACAGUGUAUUUUGGAUACGAAUAAAGAAUGUGAAUUGUAAAUAUUAUUUGAAAUAAAAGUAUUGAAA